AUGGAAAGUAGUGCAGAAAAUAUACUCCCAAACACAUUUGGUAGGUAUACAUUGCGAGCAAGAGGAAGACAGCAAUUUAGUUUAGGUACUACUUCUACUUUUGAGAGAGAUGUUGAAGCCGUUGACACGUUAGAAAAUAUACUNUUUAAAACUUGGACAAUUUUUGGUGUAUCUACUUUAUUUAAUUUUUAUCAAGAGGAAGUGUAUUUAAAACAGUAUGCAAAAAGAUUAAGGGAAGAAGUUGCAAAUAGUUUAGCAAAAGAAGAUGUUACAUAUAACACAAAUUUCAUUGUUAUGGAAAGUAUAGUUGACAGACCUAGUCCAAUGGAUCCACCACCAAUAAAGAUUGAAGUUUAUGCUAAACGUAGUAGUAAUGAAGAUAGUUUAAAGAAAUGCAUUUAUGAAGGAAUAUUUUUAUCCUGGAGAACUACUAAAAAUGUAUUAACAACAGCUAAUUCUGUAAGGUUACCCCUUUUGUUAUGUCGUGGUACAAGAAGUGCUAUGGGAGCUGUUCAUAAUAUAUUAAGUCGCAUGUUUGAUUGCAUGAUUAUCACAUUACCUGCUCAAGAAGAUGAUUUGAUAUGGCUAGUUCCACUUUUACUUACUCCAAUUAAUGAAAGAGAACACCCAAAAAGUACAGAUGAAAUUCAUAUGGAAUAUAAAGUACCAGAACUACCAAAUACUGAUACAAUUACAAUAAAGUUUCCAAUUUUAGAUUUAAUAAAAAUAUUAAAAAUAAUUGUAACAAAUCAAGGUGAUGAAGCAAGUACAGAAAUUUUUUUAAAUUUAAAACAUAUAGAACAAUUUCGUGAAGUUUUAUAUUCUCAAAUAUUAGAUGCUGGUGGUUUACAGUUGGGACUGUGUACAUUACACAAAAUUCAUCUUCCUGCAUUUACAAUAAUGGGAAAUAGAGUAAAUAAAUUAUAUUGUUAAUUUUUCGAAUAUAACAUUUUCCCUUAUUUGUAAAACAAUUUUUUUUUUUUGCUUUAGAUGAAAGUAA